AUGAGCAGUUGCAAUUAUGAACUGAUCAAAGACGGGUGGUUUCGUGAAAUCAACGACAAGAGCUUUCCCGGCCAAGGCCUAGAACUGAAGGUUGAAAAAGUCCUUUAUCACUCGGAAAGUGAGUUCCAAGACAUUUUGGUAUUCCAAAGUGCGACCUAUGGUAAUGUUUUGGUACUCGACGGUAUUGUGCAGGCCACAGAAAGAGAUGAAUUCGCGUACCAAGAAAUGAUAACGCACAUUCCGCUUUACGCACAUCGAAACCCACGCAAUGUUUUGAUCGUCGGAGGCGGUGACGGUGGUGUGCUGCGGGAAGUGGUCAAGCACAGCUGUGUGGACAAAGCUACGUUGGUUGAGAUCGACGAGUCUGUGAUAAAGCUGGCGCAGAAAUACCUCCCAGGCAUGGCGUGUGCUUUCGAAAAUGAAAAAGUUCAAAUCAAGCUCCAGGAUGGGUUCCAGUUUCUUCGGGACGUAGCAGAGAAACCCGAGCAGCGAUACGAUGUAAUCAUCACCGACUCUUCGGACCCGGAGGGUCCUGCGGAAGCGUUUUUCCAAAAAGAGUACUUCCAACUCUUGCACAGCGCACUCAAAGAAGAUGGAGUAGUCAUUGCACAGGCAUCGGAAAACGUUUGGCUCAAUCUGGACUACAUUCGCGACCUGGUGGCCAGCGCCAGCUCCGUGUUCGCUCGCGCGGAGUAUUGUUAUACCACAGUCCCCACAUACACUUCUGGCCAGCUUGGCCUGAUUGUGUGCACCAAAACCGAAAACACAAACUUGAAGCAUGCCGCGCGCCAUCCAAGUGACGGCGAACAAUCUCAGAUGCGGUACUACAACGCACAGAUGCAUUCGGCCUCGUUUGUGCUGCCAACGUGGGCGCACCAACGUAUUUAUAGACCAUAG